CUCGCAAGCCUUGGUCAAAAAGAUUGCGACGUGAUACCUAUUGGGAAAACAGCUUUUGAGAAUCAAGAUGAAGAAAAGGAAGAUGAUGAGGAAGAAGACGAUAAUGACGAGACAGAGAGCGACACUCAUGAUGAAGAAGAUGACGAUCUGGACAUGGAAGGGACCUAUGAGAGAGACUCGCCCGAUGUUAGCAUAAGAAUGACUUCGGGCCCAAGGUGAUCCUCCAACUUAAUCACAUCAUAUUGAUGUAAAUAAAAUGAACUUUUUGUCGUAGCUUCAAACUAGGCCAUCAUACUCAAGUAAUAAAAUCAAAUCUUAAUGCUAUAAAUUCAUGUUUUCAAGUGUUACUGAUUGUUACUACAACUCAUGUCUAAGAGUCAUAUUAGCAAGUUUGUUGGUUCUGUAAACAUUGGAAUCGUGUUUCAUACACGAAAUAAGUAUUUAGUUAUUUUAAUGCGUAUAAAAUGCUGAAAUACUGUACGGAUAGGAUUCUGUUGUUUGUUUAUAAAAUGAAUUAAACGAUUUUUAAAACUUGAAAAUUAGAA